ACCCUCCUCCACAGGGAGGAGAGCUCUGAACAGAGAGCCAGGAGCCCAGGGGCUGCCCCGGGGUAAGGCCCCUGUAGGUGUGGGGCCCGGCGGGCAGAGACAAGCAAGGGAGACAGAGUUGGUGGGGACAGCCACAGGUACAGUGGGGACGCCUGACGCCGCCCACGACAGCAAGCAAAGUGGAGCCUGGAGAGAGCAAGACCUACUCCACGGGGAGAGUCGUGAGGCCGCAGGAACGUCCCAGGUGCCAGCCUACGGCGGAUGCCUUCCACUCCAGAGCAGCCCUUUGGGCACACGGGGGGCGUCCCUGUGCCGGAGAUGGGCUCGUGGCCCCCGCUGCCGUGCGGACCCUGCAUCCCCAUCAUGCUGGCGCUGGCCUCCCUCGCCGCGCUCUUCCUCCUGACCACAGCCGUGUUGGCAGAACGCCUGUUCCGCCGCGCUCAGCACGCAGGCCCCAGCCACCACGCGCCCACCCUGGUCUGGCGCCCCGGAGGAGAACUGUGGAUCGAGCCCAGGGGCACCCCCCGAGAGCGUUCGGAGGACUGGUACGGCUCUGCGGUCCCUCUGCUGAUGGACCGGGCCCCAGACCCUCCCACCCCCGGGGGCAGCUUGGAGGCCCGGGCAACAGCCCCACCUGCCCCCUCUGCACCCCCCAGCCCUUUAGCCCCUCUCUCCCCUCCCAGCUCCUUGGGCCCCCACACCCCACCCAGGGCCCCAGUCCGCAGCACCUUCUGGGGACCCCAGGCCUUGGACGAGAGGCCCUGUGCCCCAGGCUUGGUGAGCUGGGCUGAGCCGGAACACAGGCCAGAGGCCACCAUGCACUUGGGGAGCCCCCAGGCCCAGAGGCAGCAACUAGGAAGCCCUGAUCUUGAGUGGGGCCCCCAGCCUCGGGUCACCCUGGAGCAGAUCUCCGCUUUCUGGAGGCGCGAAAGUCGGACCAGUGUGGGGUUCUGAAUCCCCACGGCCUGGGGGAUGGGCCUCCCAAAGACCCCUGAGGAAGGCCGUACCUCACAGAGUCUCUCUGAGGCCUUAAAGACCUGAGGCUCCAGCUCGGGAACCCAAGCUGAUACCCCGGGGCCCCAGGAAGAAUGCCCCCCAACGCGCUGCUGGCCUUUUACAUCUGGAUUUCAGUUCCCUGGAUCUGCCCCCAUCCGCCAGCACAGGCUCCGUGUGGACAGAACUGGUGCUGAGGGGAAGCUCAGAAGUGCUCCCUGUGGCUGCCUGUGGCUGCAGCCUGCGGCAAGCAGCGCGGAGACCUGGGCGUGGCGCCCACUCUGGGCCAGACGCCACCGAAACCAUGUUGCAGAUUCAGAGCUCAAGGUACCAAAGAGGCAGAAAAUAGCAUCAUCACGAGGCUUCCACCUUCCUUCCUUGCGCACCUAAGAUGCCAGGAUCCGAGUGCAGGAGUCCCACGGAUGCCAAAGAACAGGCUGAGUGUGGGUGACGAGGGUCCGUCCCGCCAGCAGGAGAGGACAGGAAGCCAGCCUCCUGGAGCCACAGAUCACGCCUCCAGAAAAACACACACAGAGGUCAAGACCAGGCAAAGGAACAUCUAAUUACAGCUCAACGGUGGCUUUGACCUCCAACUUGCAACAGGGACUUGGUCAGCCAAACUGAAGAGGCCCCUUCUUUGCCUACAGCUGGGACUUUGCAUCAAUGGCAGUCAGCAGGCAGCCCUCCGACUCUGACCCCUCCAGGGUGAGGGAGGCCAGUGGAAAGGAACCCUGCCCGAGGACAGAGCGGCUCCUAGUAUGUGGCUACUAGCUACCCUCCCUCCCAGCUGUGGCUUCCCUCCCUCGCAGCUCUCUCGCUGAAUCAGUCCUGAGAGACAGAUCUGCCCCGAGGCAGGCUUAUUUAAAAGGCUCCACCCUGGAGAAAUGGAGCCCAGAGAUGUCCUUGGCCCUAAAGUCAUCUCUCUGAGCUGACCUCCUCUCUGGGAUCGGAGCCAGGAGCUGGAGAGAGGGGAAGGCGUUUCCAUUCCCAAGGGGUCCGAUUUCCCAGCUUCAGUCAUGGACGGUUGGGAUUUUUGUCCAACCGCUUUGCCACCUGUCCUAGUAUUUACUUUAUGUUUUUCUUUAGGAUGACUUACUAUUUGCUUAAUAAACUUAUUUUGAAAGGAA